GAACGGAGUUAGGAAAAGAGACAAAACUGAUGAGUUGCGCAGGUACAUAAUCGCAAUACUAUAAACUGCCGUCCCGACACCAACCUCCACUUAAAAAAUCUACUCACCAUGUCUAUAUCACCAUCAUCACUCUCACUUACUACACUCCCCAAUUCUCCCCUCUCCACAACUUCCAAUGGCUUCUUCUCUCCACCUCCAUCACCACCUCUCCUCCGCCGCCCUCCGCCGCCGUCUCUCCCCGGAGACUUCCCUCUCCUCUCGCCACUCCCUGUCGCCCCUCCAAUUCACCAUCCCCUCUGCUCGCACAGCUCUCACACGACGUCAUCGACUCACUCGAGCGAGCAUCCACGUCGUCGAUGAUCGAAUUGUCGAGAAAGAAGAUCAACAUGCUAUAAAUGGAAAGAGAGUCCUCAGAGUAGGUGUUAUUUGUGGAGGUCCUUCUGCUGAGCGUGGGAUUUCUCUCAAUUCUGCUCGUUCUGUUAUCGAUCACAUUCAGGGGGAUGAUUUGCAUGUAAGCUGCUAUUACAUUGAUUCCAAUCUCAACUCAUUCGCCAUAUCAACUGCACAGGUGUACUCAAACACUCCUACCGAUUUUGACUUUAAACUAGAAAGUCUUGCCCAAGCUUUUCAGUCUCUGACCGACUUUGCGGAGCACCUGGCUGCAUCUGUAGACAUAGUUUUCCCUGUCAUACAUGGCCGUUUUGGUGAAGAUGGUGGAAUUCAGGAGAUUCUUGAAAAAUCAAAUGUUCCGUUUGUAGGCACACAAUCAAAUGAUUGUCGUAAAGCAUUUGACAAGUAUGAUGCCUCCUUGGAGCUCAACAGGGAAGGAUUCAUUACAGUACCCAAUUUUGUACUUCAGGGAAGUGAUUUUGAUGCAUCUGGGUUAUCAAAAUGGUUCUCAAGAAAUGAACUGGACAUUGAUACAGGGAAAGUUGUGGUGAAACCAACUAGAGCGGGUUCAAGCAUCGGAGUUACAGUUGCAUAUGGUGUAAGUGAUUCUUUGAAGAAAGCCAGGGAGAUUGUUUCAGAGGGUAUUGAUGAUAAAGUUAUCGUUGAAAUAUUUCUUGAGGGUGGGAGUGAGUUUACAGCCAUAGUCCUUGAUGUGGGUUCUGGUUCUGAUUGCGAACCGAUUGUUCUACUGCCAACAGAGGUCGAACUUCAAACCCAUGGUGAUGUUGAUAAAAGUGAGAAGGAUGCAAUAUUUAACUACAGGAGAAAAUAUCUUCCCACACAACAGGUUGCUUAUCAUACUCCACCCCGUUUUCCUAUAGAUGUAAUUCAUCAUAUACGUGAAGGAGCAUCAAUUUUAUUCAAACGCCUUGGCUUACGUGAUUUUGCUAGGAUUGAUGGGUGGUUUUUGCCAUCGUCCACUCUUGGAUCGUCAAUAUUGGAUGAUAAGUUUGGGAAAAGUAAAUUUGGGACGAUAAUAUUUACUGACAUUAACUUGAUUAGUGGGAUGGAGCAAACCAGUUUUCUCUUUCAGCAAGCCUCCAAGGUUGGAUUUUCUCAUUCAAAUAUUCUUCGAACCAUCAUUCAACGUGCCUGCUUGCGGUAUCCCCAUCUUGCUCGAUUUAGUAGUGGAUUAAUUCCCUCUGGUAAAUCAAGACUAAUGUCUUCACAACAAACUGAAAAAUCCCCACCACAUGAACCUCUCCAGAAAGCUUUCGUCAUCUUUGGUGGAAGCACUUCUGAACGUCAAGUAUCUCUUAUGAGUGGUACUAACGUUUGGCUCAAUUUGCGAGCGUCUGCUGAUCUGGAAGUAACUCCAUGUAUGCUGGCCCCUGCAUACAAUGCAAACUUAGAUAGCCCGAAUAUUGAUCUGAGCUCGAUGACAGUUUGGUCUCUACCAUACUCUCUUGUGCUGAGGCAUACUACGGAAGAAGUUCUAGAUGCAUGCAUAGAGGCAAUUGAACCUGACAGGGCUGCAGUAACAUCUCUUCUGCGUAAACAAGUUACAGAUGAUCUCAUGGAAGGUCUACAGAAACACAGUUGGUUCUCAGGGUUUGACUUGUCUGAUGAGAUACCUAGGAAUUACUCGCUUGAAGAGUGGAUAAGGCUAGCCAAGGAAGUUGGGGCAACAGUUUUUAUUGCAGUGCAUGGAGGCAUCGGUGAAGAUGGGACACUUCAAUCUUUGUUGGAAGCUCAAGGAGUUCCAUAUACAGGUCCGGGAGUGAAGGCUUCCAAGACGUGUAUGGACAAAGUGGCGACUUCUCUUUCACUUGAGAAUCUUUCAGAUUCUGGAGUUCUUACGAUUAACAAGGAUGUGCGGAGAAAAGAUGAUCUUAUUAGUAUGCCCGUCUUUUCCAUUUGGAAUGAACUAACCUCAAAGCUCCAAUGUAAAACGUUAUGUGUUAAACCAGCUAGAGAUGGAUGUUCAACUGGAGUUGCACGAUUGUGUUCUUCUGAUGACCUUGCUGUGUAUGUAAAAGCUUUAGAAGAUUGCCUUCUCCGAAUUCCUCCAAAUAGUUUCUCAAAGGCACAUGGAAUGAUUGAGAUGCCAAACCCUCCACCUGAUCUGUUAAUAUUUGAACCAUUUAUUGAGACUGAUGAGAUAAUUAUCUCAUCUCGAUCGACAAAUGUCUCAAAGCAUGGUCUUUUGUGGGAAGGACAUAGUAGAUGGAUAGAAGUAACUGUGGGUGUCAUAGGGAGUCGUGGAUCAAUGCGCUCACUAACUCCUAGUAUAACUGUGAAAGAAUCUGGAGAUAUACUCUCUCUCGAAGAGAAAUUUCAGGGUGGUACUGGCAUUAAUCUGACUCCACCACCAUUGUCGAUUAUGAGCAACGAGGCUUUGCUGAAAUGCAAAGAACGUAUUGAACUAAUAGCAAACACACUAGAACUUGAAGGUUUUUCACGUAUAGACGCAUUUGUCAAUGCUGACAGUGGUGAGGUACUGAUUAUAGAAGUUAACACUGUUCCUGGAAUGACACCAUCUACUGUUUUGAUUCACCAGGCUCUAGCAGAAGAACCUCCCAUGUAUCCACAUAGUUUUUUCCGAAGUCUGUUUGAUUUGGCAUCUGAGAGGAUUAUGUAAUAAAUCUUGUUGUGGUGAAGCAAUAUCAGCAUUUUGUACCAAUUGGACUUGUUUGAAAGUGGCUAUGGACUUCUGUUUAAGUAGGUAGAAUAUAGCCGUUUUUACAUGUGUAAUCAAGACUUCCUGGUUGCUGGAAAGCAGCUGGGAAAUGGAAUGAAAAAUGUUUGUUAAUAGGAGAUUUCUAAGCAUUUAGUCAAAAAAUUGAUAUAUACAGAAUUCUUCCAAACUUAAAAAAAUUCAGUUAUUUAUGUUUAA